AGUGCUGCCGAGGGAUCUUCAAAUGCUCGCUCGUGCUAGCACGGCCCGGUGCGUGUAUGCCUUGUCGGGAGGCGGUCGGAGCCGCCCUACCGCCUGGCCUACUUUUUGGCGGUGGAAAACCCCCACCGUUCGGGCAUGUGAAAUCAGAAAGCAUCUCACAACGACUCCAUGUCGCGACCCUCCUCUCUUUAUAACAACCCCUAUUUUUUACGCAAAUGCCGAGCCUCACAUCGGUCAUUUAUACUCUACUGUCCUCGCUGACACCCUGCAGCGAUGGUACAGCUUGAAGGGCCAUACAACGGUCUUCAGCACCGGAACGGAUGAACACGGACAAAAGUAAGAUACAAGAGGCGGCAGAGAGACAUAAAAUGGAAGCAGGACCGUUUUGUAAUAUGGUAUCGGAGAAGUUCAAGGUGCUCUUCAAUAGCGCCAACAUUGCAUACACUGACUACAUUCGAACAACGGAACCGCGACAUCAAAAGGCAGUUCAUUUUCUUUGGAAACUGUUGCUGGACCGUGGAUAUAUCUAUAAGGGAUAUCAUGAAGGAUGGUAUGCGGUGUCCGAUGAAACAUUCUAUCCUGCUUCGCAGGUUGAAGAAGUGGUCGGCACGGAUGGUAAAAUGCAAACGAUAUCAAAAGAGUCCGGACAGCCGGUGAUAUGGAUGAAGGAGGAGAAUUAUAAAUUUCGUCUCAGCAUGCUCCGAGAACCGCUAAUUGCGUGGCUGCAGGCAAAUCCUGAUGCUAUUAUUCCAAAGACAAAAUACAACGAAAUAAUUACCGCGCUAACGACAAGAGCUGACGAGCAACUUGCCGAUCUGUCAGUGUCCCGGCUAAGGAGCCGGGUGCAAUGGGGAAUAACGGUGCCCGGCGACGAUGAGCACGUCAUAUACGUGUGGUUAGAUGCCUUAGCCAACUACCUAACCGUCCUCGGUUAUCCCUGGACUCAUCCGGAAACCAGUGGUCUGCAAAAUGCAUGGCCGGCACAGUGUCAUGUUGUAGGGAAGGAUAUCCUCAAGUUUCACGCAAUUUACUGGCCAGCAUUUUUAAUCGCAGCUGGGCUGGCUCCUCCUCGGAGAAUCGUGGCACACGCUCAUUGGCUCAUGGGCAACCAGAAGAUGUCAAAAAGUAGGGGAAAUGUGGUGGAUCCUACCAAGUUGCUCUCAAUGUAUGGGGUUGAUCCGGUUCGAUACUUUCUGAUGCGAGACGGCGGGAUUACAAACGAUGCAGAGUUUGCUGAUAGUAUGAUUCACAUGCGAUAUAAGAAGGAUCUUGCUGGACAGCUUGGUAAUCUCGCAAUGCGAUGCUCUGCGCCAAGAAUAAAUCCAGAGAUGACGAUCCCAAGUGAGCCAGGGGUGAUCACGAAUGCGGAGGAGGUAUUGGAUGGGAAGCUGAGGGCACUACCAGCCGUUGUGCAGGCUCGAUUUGAGAAUGUCGAAUUUGGGAGAGGAUUGGAAAGCAUUUUUGAAUGCGUUUCGGAGGCGAACAAGUAUUGGGAUGCAUGUAAGCCAUGGAUCCUUGUCAAGUCGUCAGAACCUGAUGCUCGGGCCCGGCUCCAAACCAUUCUAUAUUAUGCCUUUGAGACUGUACGGAUGGCGGGACUAUUACUUCAACCUGUUUUACCACAGAAGAUGGACCAGAUGUUAGACGACAUCGCUGUUGAGAAAGACCAGCGGAUGUGGCAAAAUGCCGUAUUAGGACAUCGCUGGAGGGAUGGUGGCGAUCGCCUUAGAGGACACGCUCCUUUGCCGGAGAAGAGAAAACCAUUAUUCCCGAAGUUAAAUUAAUGUAACAUUGCUACGCACAACUCUGGAUAUGCUCUUUUAGAGCCUGCUAGCCGAGCAAUAAUCGGAAUUGUGGACUAAUUAUACGUUCUUCCCACAUCACAAUUAUCAUCGAAAUUUGAACAAUGUUUCCA